AUGUUCUGCCUUGUCACUCUUGUCCCUCUUUUGGCCCUCGUAAAACUGCCGGCGGUCUGGGGUCAUGCUUUGAUUACUUCCCCGGCAAUUCGUACCCCUGGGCCCGCUUUCCAGAAGGCCUGCGGGGUUACAUCGUUUAACGCUGUUAAGAACGGGCCUGAUGGGCAUAUUGAAGAACAGGAACCGGUACCUCAACAAGGCUGCGAACUCACUCUAUGUCGUGGAAUGUUGUUCGCAGAUCAACCAAGCAGCCAUGUUUUAACAGUCAAGCCCCUGCAACGGAUGCAAAUGGACGUCGACUGUACAGUGCCCCACGGAGGGCCAGCCAAUGUUUCUCUCAUUGACACUACUGUUGGAGGAUCUGGCGCGUAUAUUGGCUCAUUCUUGAAGACUUUCGACGACUUUUGCCCCACAUCGGGUCAAACUCCUGCCGACCAGACAAAUCUUCAGUACGCACUCCCGGAUGCGGCGACCAUUGGCGACAAGUGUCAGCGCCCGGGACAGUGUGUGGUUCAGCUGUUUUGGGCGACUCCCGAAUUUGACCAGAAUUACUACUACUGUGUGGAUGUUGUUAUGGCCGCCACGCAGCCUACCACGUCUUCGACACCAAUUGUAGUUCGGCCUACGACGAGCACCAAACCCGUUGCGCCAACAACGUCACUUGCCAAGAUGAUCACGUCGGUGGUUUCCUCUGCCAAGUCCGCCAACACUGGCAUUGCAGCCGCGGCCAACGCGAACAACGGAACAAUCGUAAAAACUAACGCUGGACGUGGGACUGCCCUAGUGAAUGUCUGGAUUGUCCUAGCGUCAAUCUCCCUGGGCUUGGUCGUGUACUGA